UAAAUGAAAAUGAAAAUCCAAAUGUAUCAGAUGAUUUAGAUAUGUCAGAUGUUCUGGUUGUGUUAGACGAUAAAUCGUUAAAUGAUAGUUCUAAUAUUCAAACUGAAAAUGAAAAAGAUAUUAAAAAUGAUGAAAGUGAUAGUGAUAGUGAUGAUAAAGAACUUGAGAUUAAUGUUGCAAAUAUUUAA